GCCCCCUCCGCACCCUCAGGGGCCCCGUUAGCGUUCCGGCUGCCAUAGUUACCGAGUCCGUCCAGGGCGGGCGGCGGGCGGGCGGGGCCUAGUUGUGCAGCACGUCCUGUGUGGGGACCGAAAGGUCCCCUUCUCCGACCUCUCCACCCCGUGCCUCCCCACCCGGCGGGUGGGACAGUGGGGCCGCCUUUGCCGCCGCCCUCCUCUUCCUUCCCCAUAAUGUCGCCAAGCAAGGGCUUCCUCUGCGUCCUGGAGCUGCAGAUCCGCUCGAUAACAUGUCCGGGAGUUACCCUGAAAGCCAAAGAUGACCUUUACAUCAGUGCCCGCAUUCUAGGACAAUAUAAGAAGACAUCGUCUGUUCGUGCAAUAUUUCCCCUUCUAUUUAAUGAAAAACUGAUAUUUGAAAAGGUAUAUACUGAUGUAGUUGACCCAGGAGACCUUGUUGAACUAUUUGAACGUGACACAACAGUACUUGAAUUAAUACAAACUGUUCCUCCAGUUGGAGAAAUUCUAGCCACUUAUGAGGAAAAUACAAGAGAUUUCCUUUUCCCUGCUCCUAAAUCAAUCACUGGACAACGAGGGUCAGUUCGUGAAAUUUUAAUGAAGAAGGCCUUUGGUUUUACAGGAAUUGCACCAAAAUUGAAGUUUUUCACAAGUUGUCUUAUUUCUGAAAACCUGUUACGUUCAGAAAAAGCUCAAAAGCAGGAUAACUUAGACCAGCAGCAACGUUCAUCCAAAGAUGGGACGCCACAGAUAAGGUCACCAAAAAAGAAUCCUCCCUCACUUGAGAGGAACAGGCAGGGCCUAGCAGCAAAAACGUAUGAGCAGCCCACAGUAGCCUCUCUUUCUCGAUCUCCCUCUCCUUACACAAAAAGGCGAAUGUGUGAGCUUCAGCAACUUAGACAACGCCUGGCCCAUCUAGACCUAGGACCUUUUGAUUUCAGAAAAGAAUCGGAUAGACCUCCAUUUGUAGUUCGACGUCCAGAACAGCUGUCAGCUUCACCUGAUGUUUUUACUUGGUGCCGUCCUAAGGACAAUAUAAAAGAUGCUUGGCCCGAGACAACCUACGAUCCUACCCUUCUUGGCAGUUAUAGACCCAAGAAUCGAAAAGCUACCAGGUCACAUUCUGAUAAAGACCUUCAUAGUUUUUCUCACGCUUACGAUGAGCACUUGAUUUCGAGUAUAGCUGGUAGGCAGCUCCAUUCAACUCAACUGCUAAUGCAUUCAGCACCUCCACAACUGCAGAAGUAUUACUCAACUCCUGUGUUUAAUUGCUUGUCUCUUAGAGAAAGGUUUCGUUCUGGCUGGAGUGCAACAGUAAAUGGAGAAGAGAUCCAUAAACGAGUGAGAAAUAUUUUAAGGACUCACAGUGCAAGGCAAAGGCUAACUUUUGAUGAGAGUUGUUUGUCAAAAGAUGAUUCUGCUAAGUCAAGAGACUCAAGUAAGACAGAAGAUUCCAAUAAGAAGAAAGACAUUUCAGACAGAGACCGUUUAAGCCACAGUGAUCUUCAGAGCAGUUCAUCUAUACGGCAGAGCAUCAUGGUUCAACUGGAUGAUGAUGACUAUUGGACUAGUCAAGCUGCAGAAUAUAAAAGCAAACCCCACAGAGCAAUCUUUGAAGACAGUCUGCAGAAAAUCUAUCGAAAUAUGUACCGAAAAGCUUCUGGAUCAAAAUCAAAGAAUAAAUAAAUUCCUGAUAGUGAUGCAGGUGAAAAUGAACAGUAUAAAAGAUCAAUAUUUGUAAUGAAAAUGUUGUGUGUCUAACAAAUGUUUGUUUCUCUCUCUCUCUCUCUCUCUCUCUCUCUCUCUCUCUCUCUCUGUUUUUAUAUGCGUUUGUGAAAUUCUGAGGCUGGGACUCUCAACAGGAAAAUAAAUAAAAUCUGGAGGGUUUUAAGUAGGGUACAUUGUUUGUUUAUGGGAUUUAUAGGCAUGUUAGUAGUUUUGGAUCCCCAUUUCUAAAGCAUCUGGCUUCCAAUUGAAUUAGGAUAAAUUGCACACAUCUCCACUACAUCGCUGUCCAUGUAGGUAUGUGUCUUGCCUAGAGCACUAAUAGAGGCACAUGUGGAAACAGUUGUUCUAUGGUUGCAAUGUGUUUCCAAUACUGUGCUACUGAAAGGUAUCUGUUGGGCUCUUUUUCGGGGGUGUUAUAUCAUUCAGCAUGUCACCGAAAAUCUGUGGAUCUUGCAAUGGUCUCUGGGCAAGUGGUGGGGAAGCCAUGGACCUUUGUGUACUGGAUGAUUGUGUAAGUUCACUGUUGUGAAUAGUGAGGAAGUUGCUAUUGGGAACAGAGAAUUGCAUUCAUUAUCAAUACAAGCAGCCAAUAAUAAUGAUAAUGCCUACUUGGAAUAACCACCACCACCUACAGGACAUAUGAGAGUUAGGGAUGAGGGAGAGUGAACAUAAGAAGCCUAAUACAGUAUUCAGAAUUGAUUUAUAAGACCUGAAAUAUUGUCAUGUGAACAAUAGACCUUCCAUAUUUUGUCGUAAAAAUCAAGUGAUUUUGUGUGUGUGUUUUUGCCUGCAAAUUUUUUGUUGCUGUUGUUGUCAGGCAUGGGUGAAGUAAGCCAACUGUGCCAGUCUUCUGCACACACCGAUGGGCUACAUCUUCCUCCUUUCUCUCUGCUAUUUUUUAAUCAUUAUGCUUCUAUUUGUAAUCCUCUUUUAGCUUAAUUACGUCAGCAGUAUAUCACUUCCCUUAUAUUUGCUCCCAAUCAUCCCUUGAUCAAAUAGGACCCAGUGUCCUUUCAGACUGCAUCAGAGAUAUAUCAGUUCAUUGUUGGAUAUGAAAAAGAGCAAGGCUUUGAGCACAUCAGCUAGUGCACCCACCCAAAUGCAAACAUUAUGAAUGUUCUGCACCUCAAACUGAUCAAAUUUGGAGUCUGUUCUUACAGGCUCAAGGGAUGUAUUGGCAGAGCGGCAUUGGCAGAGCGGGCAUCUCUCUUCUAAAGGCCACCAAAUGUUCACCAGCAGUUUUGAAACAUCCCCUGAGAAGAAACCUUUCCAGCCUUCCACUGAGUAUAUCCCAUGCUAACAAAUAAGGGCAGGCUGCCUGCUCUUUAGGCAUUCAGAAAUUUAUAGAGGCAGGGGUGUUUGGCUUCUACUUCUUGUCAGAAAGGAAAGAAGUAAACAUACUCCUUUUGGAAUACUUAUAUCAUUAGAGCAUAGAAAUAAUAGAUGCCCAAAGGUGGUUUCAGAUUUAUCUGAAAACAGUGUGAGGGGUACGCAAUGCACAAGAUUACCGCCUGCCUAUCUCCAUUUUAUAUUGUGUCUUUCAGAAAGUCUCCUAUCUCUGCCAGCUCUGUACAGACAUCUACAUUUUGUCAGAUGUCGAUGGAUUUAUUUAAAGCAUGGGCAGGUAACUUACAGGCCUGAAAGUGUUGCUGGAUUGCAACUCUCAUCAUUCUUGACCAUUGGCCAGCCAGCGGAGGCUGAUGGGACUUGGGAGUCCAACCCGUUAGAAGUAUUUUUAUACCACCCCUCAGCAAAACUGACAGGAUGCAUGUAGUGGAAAUCACAGGGCACUAUUAUUAUUUAUUUUCCAAAUCUUCCAUAGAGCUCAACAUAAGAAUACGUGGUGCCAGACUGACAUCAACUUUGGUGCCAGGCAAGCCUUCCUGGAGAUGGCAUUCCAUAAGCCGAAUGCCACAACUCAGAAGGGCCCUCUCUCGUCAUCACUCAUCUCAUGCUGGAUGGUGGUGGGAUCCAGAGAGGUACCUAAAAUAACAAAUGCAGUAUUGAAGCAGGAUCCUGUGUUAGACGGUGGUCCUUCAGUUAUCCAGGUCUGAAGUCAUUUACGUAAGUACCAUCACUUUGAAUUGUUCCUGCAGAUGGACCAGGAGAUAGUGUAGUGGACACAGAAAAGUUGUAAUUCCAGCAUAUGGAUGAAUUUACAGAAAGGUGGAUGAAACCCAGCAAAACAUUAUAGCCAACAAUUACUUAUGAUCCAUACAGGUCAUGUAGUGUACUUUUGGAAUGUCGGGUUGGGAUACAUAUGUUGGGAUGCAUAUGAGCCACCCAGAGUGGCUGGGGAAACCCAGCCAGAUGGGUGGGGAAUAAAUGAUAAAAUUAUUAUUUAAAUUAUUAUGUGAACAGAAAAGCCCUGAGUGUCAAAUUAGACAAAUUAAUGCCAAUAGGUGGGAAGGUGUUGUGAGUACCUUGUUUGGUGGCUUGCCCCCUCUGUAUUACCCUUUAAUUCUUUGCCUUUUGCUUUCAGGCCUGUUGAGCAUGGUGGUCUUUAUUUAGUAUGAGGUGUAGCUAGAGCUGAGAUGAGAGUGAGUUAUUGGUAUCACAGGGUGUUGAUUUCCCUGUAGCAAGGCAAAGCUGUGGCUUUUCGCCUCUGCAAUUGAAGCAUUGGAGAGCUAGCGCUGUCCAAUACCUUUUCCCUCCUCCUUGGCUUUUACACAACUCCUCCUCCACACCAGCAAAGCAAUUCAGAAUUUAAGCAGAAUGACUUACACACAGAGGUGUAGGACAUUAUUAUAGAACAGGCAUAGGCAAACUCGCCCUCCAGAUGUUUUGGGACCACAGCACCCAUGAUCCCUAGCUAACAGGCCCGGUGAUCAGGGAUGAUGGGAACUGUAGUCCCAAAAUAUCUGGAGGGCCGAGUUUGCCUAUGCCUGUUAUAGAAUAUUGCUGCAGCACAAUCCUGUUCCUAGAGAUAUUUACUCAGAAGUAAGCCCUACUGUGUUGAAUGGGGCUUACUCUCUAGUAAGUGUAUUUAGAAUUGCAGCCUUUGAGUGGUCAUUUACAUCAAUAGUGCAAACCCAUGUGUGGUCUAUUUCAGAGCUAAGUCCCACUUAAUUCAAUGGUACUCGCUCUCUGGUCACUCUUUUUCCAGUAGUUCCCUAAGAAUCACUUUGCGCAAUAGGUUGAGUUCCUAGUGAUAGAUGUCAAGACAAAAGAGGAGUGUCACCAAACAUCCAGGAAUAGAUCUUUCCCCUUGUAUUUUUAUCACCGCAGUAGCUGAUGGAACACUUGGACUGUUUCAAAAUUUUGGGGUGAAGUUGCACCUGUUUCUGCCCAUAAUAUUUGGCCCCACAAAUAUCCCUCACUUUUCUGCUUCACCUGUCUCUGCCUACAAGCCCUGGGCAUGUUAAUUAUAUAAUUCUAAAAGUUGUAGAAUAAUACAGUCUGUUGAAUGUUAAUGAUUAUUUGAGAUAUGAAAGCAGGUAGAAAUUCCUCAUCCUUACCCAUGUAUAAUCCCCAAAUCACUUUCUGUGGUUGGCUAACCUUCUGUUAGCUGGCAAACAGCAGUGUGCAUAGGGCAGACUCUGUCUCCUCUUUGACUUGCAGGGUGUGAUAAGUAACAUUUCAGGCAAUGAACCAACAUAGUAAUAAACAGUAAUUGUUUAGUGCACCUUGCCUUCUAAUACAAUUUAAAUCCCUUCUAUCAAAUGCAAAUGUCUAAGUUCCCAAGCAGCGCUUUAAAUAACAUUUUUCUGUGCUUGUUCCUUAUCUUUUGUCAUCCACAAAGUGGUGUGUUGGUGGCAUGAGAUGGCACAAUUCCACCAGCUUCAUUUUGCAUCUUAAAAAGAGCUGUCUGCUCAAGUGCAGAAAAAACUGCUUCAAUGAAGAGCGAGCUGGAAUUUAGAGAAGAAAUAUUUUCUUUCCAAAAUAAAUAAGUAGUGUUGCAGCAUGCGAAAAUUCCUGCCAGGCAUGGUAUUUUCUGCAAACAAUAUAAAAAUGUAAUCAGCAUAAAGCAGCAAUUCCUUAUAUUGAAAAAGUGUUGACAAUGUGCUCCGUGAGCUUAGAAAUCGAAAGGAAUGUAAAAGGAAUCCCAAAUGCUUUGUGGAUUUAAGUAUCUUAAAAUUUCUAAGUGCGUGUGGUGUGCAGUGAUGAACAAGUUAGCCACUUUCGAUGCAGUUUUCAUAUAAGUGCAACAGAGGGUGGAUGUAGAGAACAAUUUACCAAAUGGAAAUUUAGCAUUAUAGUAUGGAAUCGUAAUAUCCCUUCAAAUCACAAGAUCUUUAUCACAGAUGAACACCAAAUCUCAGCAACAAAAUAAUGGUGAAAUUCUCAAUGGCUAGAUUAAGAUAUGGUGGCUGAAGUCACCCUGAGUGGUUAAUUCCUUGGGCAGAAGCUUCUAGUGAUCAGCAGUGAGAUAUGCCUAAAUAUUGGCAUAUUAAUUGUAUUGCAAGGAUAUGUUGUUUUCAUAGGAACCAGCCCUUAGGGGCCGUGGGGGCUUUGGCCCCCACAAAAAAAUAUUUAUGGGCAUUUCCAUUCAAAUAGUGUAUAUGCACUGUGUCAUGUGGUUGAUUAUGCAGGGCGGGGCUUAGCUAGACCCCUGCAAUCUUUUAUUCAAUUUAGCACCUCUGGUUGUCUUAUCCAGCCAAUCUGGAUUUAGCUCAGCCCGUUUGGAAAUUGGGUUUGUAUUGGGUUCAUUUUGCAAAUAAUUUUAAGAAUGCCAUGGGAUUUCCAAAAAUGCAUGGAGGUUUGGUAUAGUCUGGAAGUUCUAUAUGCUGAUCCAAAAAUCCAUGUGUGGUUGGACAGCUGCAAAUCUGUCAGAUGAGGGUGCUUCCUAUUCAUUUCAGUGGAGGACUCUGGUCCAGACACAUGGAAAUGCAAGAUGAAGUUGUAGCAGAAAGGGGGCAGAGUUAAAUCACAUUCCCUCAUCUGGAACAAACUGGCUGGAUUAGUGCAAUACGGGUUUCACUAUUCACACUACGUUACCCAUUUGGAAUAUUCCUGAUGAAUCAAGGGUUCUAGAUGCUUCAGAUCUUAUAUGGUUUUGUUUUGUUCUUUGUAUAUAGAAGUGAAUUUUGUAGGUAUGACGUUAUGCUGCAGUGUGAGCUUUUAACCUGUAAAGUAUUCCUUCUAUUUGUGUUGUUAGAACCCUGUGGAUCAAACCUUGUGCCUUCUUACCACACAGUGAUACAGAAAUGAAUGUUUGUGAACCUUUGACAGAUUUUGUCAUAAAUGUGAUUUAUCAUUCUGUUAAAAACAUGCACCUCUUUUUAAGAAGCCCAACAUCUAAAAAAAAAGAAAAAAAGACUUUGCUGUAGCCUUCCUGGUUUACUGGUUUUUAAUCAUGUAGCUGUCAGAAAUAAACAACCACUGUUCUUUGUGUGAUGGAGCCUAAUGUUAAAGCUGUCAGAGUCCACUGAGAGAGUGCAAGUGUAAUAUUUAUGUCUAUAGGGCCUGCCAUUCAUGCUGUUCUCAACUUUCACUGAUUUAGGGCUCAGCUGGUGUAAACUGGGUCUUGUUUCGGCACACCUGAAGUCAGUGAGGGCUUUUAAAAUGACUUUUUGAUGUGCAAAAUGACACUGUAAUGGCUUCCACUCAGUCGCUGUGUGUUUCUAAUCUUUCAAAGGUAUACCUGUUCCACCACGUUCAAGAUUUUUUCCCUUGAGUAUUGGAAUAAUUGGUGGUAUUUUAAGAUAGUGAACUGUGCUGAAAUAAAGCUGCUUACAAAGCUAAAUAUGUCACAGUUAAUAAUAAAACUACUUUGUUAUUGGGUAGAUCCCCCAUUUUAGUAGGCCUUCUGAGGGGGAAUUUCUCUGGAUUGUGCCUUGCUCUUCUCCAGAAUCCUUUGCCAUAUAUUCACUUCUCUUCUGCACAUAAAACCUGGUUGAGUUCCAGAUGGGAAGAAAUUCAGCUUUGCUCAUCCUAAUUGAUAUUGAGUGGUUUUUCAUUCCUUUCAUUCCAAAUACAUACUAGAGUCUGAAAUCUGAUAAAUUUAUACCUUGGUAACUCGUGAUUGUGUGAAAAAAAUAUUCCAGCGUGAAGUGUCUUUUGAGAAUUACUGUAUUCAUGUAAUAUAUAUUUGGUCUGUGUAAAAAUAUAAUUUCCUAUGUAUACUGUACUAACAAUAUAUACAGUGGUACCUCCGGUUGCAGACGGGAUCCGUUCUGGAGGUCCAGCCAGAUCCCAAUGUUUUCACAACUGGAGAGACCGCUUCUGUGCACAUGGCGGUAGAUCGCUUCUAUGCAUGUGCAGAAGUGGUCUACCACUUCUGCGCAUGCGCACUGGGCAAAAACCCCGGAAAUAUACUUCUGGGUUUGCCGCUUACGUAUCCUGAAGUUUACGUAACUGGAGGGAUACGUAAGCGGAGGUACGAUUGUAUUGGCCUUGGUCUUGAGUGAGCUAGACUUUUAAAAUAUUGAUUGGUUCUCUUUAAAACUGAUGACCAGGUUCAGUUGUUUACUUGCCUUUUCUGGCUCAAUAAUAAUGUAUCAUAGUGGCCAUGAUAAUUGCUAGAACAUCUGGUGAUAUGCUAGCAAACAUUUAAAGUAUGGAUAGUUAAAGACUAUCACAAUUUUGGAGAGUCCCUGCAUUUCUGAGUGACUUUCCUGACGUAUGUUAAAGCAACGUGGUGCUCCUCUAGCAAUUGUAAAUGCAUUAGACAGCUGUGAAGUUGUUAGAAUGUUUUUGUACUGCAAGCAACAAAAGGUUUUUUUUUAAUAAUGUUAGGAAGGAAAAAGGUUUUUAGUAAAGUUAGGAAGGAAAAGUUAUGCAGAACUCUUAAAAUGCCUUAGACAUUAAUUACUUGAGCAUUGACUUUCAGUUAAUGGAGACAAAAAUGUGAAGUCCUCUCCUAAAGCACAAAGACACUGAAAUCUUACCUAGUAACAGCAGUGGGGAGAGGUUUAGGCUAUUCAUCACAAUAAAUAAAUGAGCCAAAGAUU